UUAGUGAGAACACAUGCAUGCAAGAGCAGUUUAUUAAAAUAAGAAGAUGAAAAUGACAGAUUUGUUGUAGGGUGUGGACUCGUAUUUAUCUUUUGGAAUACUAUUUUUUGGAUUUGAAAACAGUUUUUGGCUAAUUGUUUUUAUUUGUUUUCAAAAUUAAAAAGUAACAAAUGUAAGAAAAACGUUAUUGAAAUUAUGCACAAACGUAUUUUGUAACACAUUAGCUGGUGAUUUUGGACAGACGUUAUAGAUGAUGGAGCUUAAAAUGUAUAAUAAAUCUACGAAUAGUUGGAAACAGCAGAAUGAAAACGGAACAUUUCGCAAAGACAAAAUAGAAAGUGGUCAGCAUUUAGAUUACGACCGCACAAUACAAAAUGGAUCUGGUUCGGAAAAAAUAUAUGACGAUUAUAACUAUUUAACUGCUGAAAUUCAUGAGGAAUUUCUCAGUAGUAUUCAUCAACAUACUUCGACAUUUGCCACAUUCCUUUCUAUCUGGACAUUCCUUAUCAAUAUUCUCGUUAUCUUAGCAUGUAUGCGCAACAAAGAAACUCGACAUGUUGGGUAUUACAAUCAGAUAGUGAACCUUUCAGUUUCUAAUCUACUGAUUAGUGUGUUUGUCCUUCCGCUCACCAUUUACCACAUAAAGCAAGAGUGGAAUUUAGGGCAGUUAUUGUGUAAGAUAUACGUCAUAAGCGACAUCUUGCUGCCAUUCUCUUCUAUCACCAUUAUCAUACUUUUGAAUAUAGACAGACUGAUGUCGAUAAUGCAUCCGAGACUUUAUUCAUGGAUAUUUCAGAAAACACUGAAAACAGCUAUCAUUUGUUUGCCAUGGUUCGUAGCUGUUAUAGUGGUUAUUCCAAUAUGGACAUCUGGCACAAUUCCAUAUGAGAAUGGACCCGGUGAAUGCAUCGUUCUGAUCAGCAAAGAAUCGGCAAUACUGUGUCCAUUAAUAACAUUUUUCAUACCAUUGACUGGUAUAAUAGCACUUACGUUUAAACUUCUUCUGUUAAAGAUCAAGUUAUCCUCUACCACACCGGGGACAUUAGAAAGCACACGCAUGUCUUUGAAAAACUAUCAGAACCAACAAAACGACGUCGAUUGUGAAAGAAGUGAUUUUACUCGGCAGUCUUUACCAAGUACAAGUACAAUGGAAACCAAAGAGAAUAGAGACGAUCUAGUUGCUCUUUGUGUUGUUAAUACAAUGUUUGCAGUAAUGUGGUUCCCAUUCCAGUGUAUAAGUUUUCUGUUGUCAUUCUGCAAUUCUCAAUCAUGCAUUCCGUCAAUAGGUCUCAAUCAGAUUGUGACCUGGGUUGGAGCCUCCAGUGCUGGGGUAGUUCCAGUAUUUUGGUUCAUAAACCGCAAACUUAGAGCUGGUUUGCGCAAGGAUUGUACAAAAACGACACAUGUUGAUUCAGCAGAGAGUUCUCACAGUGAGGAGACAUUCCUGUAGAACAUGUUACAAAAUUAUUUUGCGGAUGUGGAUUAUACCGUCAAAAAGUGUACGAUGCUUUACACUUUCGUCGAAAUAAACAUUUGUCUUUGACAAUGAAUGACAAUAUAGGCGUCUGUGUUGAAUAGGAGUUGAAAGUAGUUCUUUUAAUGUCAAAUAAAGUGGCGGGUUUAUUCAAAUUGACAAAACGUGUUAUAUUUGUGAGGACAAAGGAUAUACAGUAAAGUAAAGAUAUGAGAAAAUGUGUAAAAAAUACUUUAUUACCUGUUCCUUCUUCAUUAUCUGUGAUAGUCUGAUAUUAAAGUAGUUGUAACAAAACCAAUUACUUAUUGUUGAAUGUACGACUAAUGAACAAAUAUAAGCCUUAUGAUUUUCUACAACAGUUUUUUACUGCAGAUAUGGUACUAUGCUAUAACUCCCGAAGUUUAACUCCAUAAAAUCAGUAAUUCAGCAGCGAAGAAGCUGAGUAUAUUGCCAUCAGAAAAUGUUAUACCUUGGAGAUUGCAAUGGAGAAAUAUAAUCUACAGGAUUUAACAAUAUACAGGGGCAUUUUCCACAAUAUAUAUUGAGCUAAUAUGGUUGUAUCAUUAAGAAUAGUGUCAAUUAACGAUUUUAUCUCUUUGAUCCGGUCUUUAAAGGGAAAGAACUCUUCCGUUAUUUUCGUAUUGCCUGAGCUAAUGCUAGUACAUGUUUUAAUUAAAUCUAACAAUAAUUUGAAGAUAAUACUUUAUCGAUGAAGCGGAUAUUUAGAGUUACGGGCCUCCGCAACCGAGUGGUUAAGUACAACUGCCCCGCACCGUAGUGAGGAAACCAAAUAUUUUGCUAUUGAAAGGUUAGUGACUCUACCCAGCUACCAGCCUGGGCCUGAAAUUAUAUUCUGAGAGAUAACUUGAGCCUUUACCUUACCAAAGCUAGAAAGCCGCCAUAUGAUAUGAUUCUGUUUGUGUAACUAACAAAUAUUGUUAAACUCACCACUGGGGAGCUUAAACUAGUUUAUAGUGCGCACUUAACCUCAUCCUUACCCCCACAUGUUCAAAAAGAAUAUGACAGUGUAAAUAUAAUCCCCGCCAGGUGAAUCCUUGACACACGCAAUGGCAUUAGAAGGUAUGAUAUGUAAAACACACAAAAAUCCUUUUAUAAACUGAUAAAAAUGAUACAAAAAAGGCAAACCGUAAGAGUACUUCGUAGUAAACAGAGCAUUAUGAGAAACACGUGAAAGGGCACGACGAAACAGACCAGAAGACAGAUCUGUCAUCAGUAUUUUCUACAUAAUGUUACUGCCUUUUGAUAUUUUUAUCAAAGCUUAUUUCAAACAACUGUUUAAAAUACUAUUCUAACAAGAUCCACAGCAAUUGCUAUAUAAACAUAUAGCGAAAUCGCCUAUACAUGAAUCUACGAUAAAAUAUGGUUUGCUGGUACAUAUCGCCCCCUAUGAUUGUGACAUAAGAGAUUCUACUUUUGUUCCAUUACAUAAGAAUUAUUUCAGGACCAAACGGUUGAAAACAAACAUUUCAAAAACGUAAUUAUGAUAAAAAGUCAUACUGACUUAUAUGUAGGGCCAUAAAAUACGUUUUGAGCUCUAUGGGUGAAUUCAACUAGCUCAAUUAUGAUUCAGCGGUGACGUCGUAAAUGUAUGACAUAAAGUAUGGCGUCAUAAUGAUGUGACGCCAUAUUAAAGUUAAACUUGUAACUCGUAUCACAGGGUCAACUAUCCUAAUGUGAUUAUUCUGUUUAUAAAUGAUUUGCGAGCUGUUAGAUAACUAGUUUAUAAAUACUUCUCAAAAUUCUGUUAAAAAAGGAACAAAUAUCUGUACGUUCCAUUGGCUAUGCAACACUUUCUAACCAUGGGGUUAAAUUGUAACUGCAUAUGAUCCGAAUGACGUAUUACGCAGAAAAUGUAGUACUGUAAAAUACGAAUUGUUUGUGUUGUUAGAAUCGAAAUAAUAAAUAUGUUCCAAUAGUUUUAUCAGUUAAU